AAAGAGGAAGACGGUAGAUCUGUGACGUGAAUCACGACGGUUCGCUGGUCAGCUUCUGUCACUUUCUAGGACAUGACUGGCCAGAAAUUCCAGGAGUGCACACUCACCUAAUUUUUCUGCAAGUUCCGGCAAAGUAGGAAAGCCUUUAAUGACUUCUAGGGUUUUACACCAAAGUUCCUCAGCUACCCCACUUCGUGCACCACGUGCCACUUACUGCUAACAACACCAUUCUUGUUUUUCAUGCGUCAAUGCCCACCGUCAGGUGAACUGCGUUCGUUGCAGUCAAGAAUCAAGAUUGUUUCCUUGUUUUCGGUAGUAUAAAUCCUGGGAUCUAGCUAACGCAGUUUGGCAUCUUCUGCUCUCGGUUCUCGGCAUCUCUCCAUCUCAUGGUUCACCUUAUCUCCCAUAGUCUCUCUCUCUCCCCUCUCCUCUCGUCUCCUCAUAACUUGUUCGUCCCCCAAGCUGACUCCUCGUGGGUUGUCUUUUGAUCCGCCGCAACAACAGGCAACUGAAGACAGUCGCAAGUCGAUCAACCCAUCACGAGUUCGGGCUUGGAGGAUUUGCGGUCGGGGCUUCGGUUUUGGAGAAGGACGAUUGCUCAGGCAUGAGCACUGUGAUGGAUUCUCCGCUCGUAGCACUCGCGUCCGAUUACGCGAGCUUCGGAUUCCUUGCCUCCGCGAGCAACUUGUGGACCUGGAUCGUCGUCAUCAGCACUGCAGCUCUCAGUUUCUGGCGAAUCCGAGCCUCGGCGUCAUCCGCCAUUUCCAGGCGAGUAAGUGAAGAAUACUUGUCGUCCUUGUCGUCGUCGUCGUCAUCUCGUGAAGAUGAAAUUGUAAAUGCGGAUCGAUCUUUUCCGCAACCCGCAUCUUGUGGCACUGUGGAGGUAGAAUUUGAAUCUGGUGCUUCUACUCCUCCUCCUUUGUCUCUGACAUGGUUUGAAUGCGACGGCGGAGGAGUUACGAAGGGCAAGUUUACGACAUAUUACGAGGAGGAUCGGAGAGAGGACGAGCCGCCGCUGCCGGCGACCACGACUGAUGAAGCUGAGUUUGGUGGGAGAGGGUGGUGGUGGAGUUGGGAGGGAGUUGUGAGAUUGAGGAAUGGAGAAAGAGAGUGGUACCAGUUCCAGGACUUGAGGGCGAUCAAUGGCAACGUGGUGAGGCUGUGGGAUGAGAGUUAGCAGAAGAUAAAAAGACUAGUAAUAGUGACGAUUAUCUGCUCUUACUCAUGGAUUGUAAAUCUUUUUUACCAUCACGUUGUAUGUGAAUUAGGAUAAAUAACCCUUCUCUAAACAUGUAUGCACGGCUAAUUUUUGCGAACGUAAUAUAAAAUGAGCGGUGAUUACAA